AUGGCUUCCUCAUCUUCAAAUGUUGUCGGCGUCCACUACCGGGUCGGCAAGAAGAUCGGAGAGGGUUCAUUUGGUGUCAUCUUCGAAGGUACCAACCUGUUGAACAACCAACAGGUGGCCAUCAAAUUUGAGCCUCGUAAGAGCGAUGCACCUCAACUCCGAGAUGAGUAUCGCACAUACAAGAUUCUUGUCGGAUGCCGUAAGUACACACGUUGCAUUAUCUGUGCCACUGCCACUAACUCCUCACCAGCCGGCAUUCCCAAUGUCUACUACUUUGGCCAGGAAGGCCUACACAACAUCCUAGUGAUAGAUCUACUAGGACCUUCGUUAGAGGAUCUCUUUGACCACUGUGGCCGCAGAUUCACCAUCAAGACUGUUGUCAUGGUGGCCAAGCAAAUGCUCUCAAGGGUUCAAACCAUUCAUGAGAAGAACCUCAUUUACAGAGACAUCAAGCCAGACAACUUCUUGAUAGGGCGACCGGGAACCAAGGCUUCCAAUGUUAUCCACGUCGUGGACUUCGGUAUGGCCAAGCAAUACCGUGACCCCAAAUCGAAGCAACACAUCCCUUACCGUGAGCGGAAAUCACUUUCCGGAACCGCCAGAUACAUGAGUAUCAAUACUCAUCUUGGCCGCGAGCAAUCGCGACGUGACGAUCUUGAGGCCCUGGGCCACGUGUUCAUGUAUUUCCUCCGAGGUGGGCUGCCGUGGCAAGGCUUGAAGGCUGCUACCAACAAGCAGAAGUAUGAGAAGAUUGGUGAGAAGAAGCAGACUACACCGAUUAAGGAUCUGUGCGAAGGAUUCCCCGAGGAGUUCAGCAAAUACUUGACGUACGUGCGGAACCUUGGAUUUGAGGAUACCCCGGAUUACGACUACCUGAGAGACCUGUUCACCCAGUCAUUGAAGAACACCGGAGAGGUCGAGGAUGGCGAGUACGACUGGAUGAAGAUCAGCAAGGAGUCCAGCAAGGGCUGGGACGCUAUGCACAAACCAGGAGCUUACCACAACCCAAACGCCAGGCCAGGCCCGUCGCAGAUGGAACUUCACGGCGCAUCUCGUACUGGCGCCAGCACUCCUCAUCUCACCCGCGAUCGUUUAAACGCCGCGCAGCCCCCACCUCCCUCGCCAGCGAAGGCGAUGGACAAACGCCGGCCAAACGCCCCAGGCGCUCUCCAGGCGCAGCGAGGUAGUGCGGUAGGGGGUCUCCGUGACAUGGCUACGCCGACUGGAUCGACUCAAGCUCAGUUUCAGAAUAGCAACCAGAACUUGCCACCCAGAAUGGCGCCUCAAACUUCUCAGAUGGGAGCUCAAACCAUGCCCGGUAGCCGCCCCGCCGAGCCUCAACCUACUGGCUUCCAGAAGUUUAUGAAGGUACUAUGCUGCGGUUAG